AUGCCAAACUUCUAUGAGAUUGCAAAUCGUCCAGAAAAAGAAUGUACUACUGUUUUAUGUUCCUUUUCAGCUGAUGGUACAUCAUUUCCUCCAAUGGUUGUUUAUACCUACAAACGUAUACCUGCUCCAGUUGUAAAUAAUUUACCCGACAGUUGGGUGUUUGGUCGAUCUGAUAGUGGAUGGAUGAUUUCUUCAACUUUUUUUGAAUAUAUUGCAAAUUCUUUAUAUCCUAGUUUGGUCGAAAAAAAGGUUACAUUCCCCGUGUUAUUAUUUUUGGAUGGCCACAGUAGUAAUUUAAGCUUGGAUUUAUCUGAAUUUUGUGCUGAUAAACAAAUACAUUUGUAUUGUUUACCUCCAAACGAUACACAUAUUUUACAGCCAUGCGAUGUCUCUAUUUUUAAGCCAUUAAAAUUACACUGGAAAAAAGUUGUUCAUAAAUAUAAACAGUCUGAUUCAAUAACAAUAAAUAAAUUUAAUUUUGCUACAAUAUUUAAGGAAGCAUUUGACAAAAUAACUAUUGAAGUCAUCCAAAAUGGAUUUAAAGCAUGUGGUCUUUAUCCUUUUGAUGACAAUGCGGUCGACUAUGAUAAAUGCAUUCCAAACAGAUAA